GGGAAAGGCCUGGGUCAGCAGGAGCAGGACAGCCGGACAGGCAGGCCGGACGGGGUACCAGCACCUCAACUUCUCUCUCAGGGACACUGUCCAAACUCCGGGGGCUACAGGCCAAGCUGUGCGAUGGGUGCUGAGGAGGAGGUGCAGGUCACAUUAGCAGGGGGAGCACCCUGGGGCUUCCGACUUCAGGGGGGGACCGAACAGAGGAAACCUUUACAGGUAUCUAAGAUCCGGAGACGGAGCCAGGCUGGCAGAGCAGGACUCCGGGAGAGGGACCAGCUCUUAGCGAUCAAUGGGGUUUCUUGCACCAACUUCUCCCAUGCCAGUGCCAUGACCCUCAUUGAUGCCUCGGGGCGUCAACUUGUCCUUACUGUGAGGAGGGUAGCAGAUGAAGGGUCUGUGAGAUCUCCAUCUCCAGGAGAGCUUCAGGUGCUGUCACCCUUAUCUCCAUUGAGUCCUGAGCCCCCUGGUGCUCCUAUUUCCCAGGCUCUUCAGCCUACAAGCCUUCGUUCACCCCCUGACAGUGAAGCUUACUAUGGAGAGACAGAUAGUGAUGUUGAUGGCCCUGCCACACAAGAGAAGCCACGCCGAACCCGCCGCCGAGGUCCUGCAAGGCCUUUCCUUCCAGGAGCCCCACCUGAUGAGGUGUACCUGUCUGACAGUCCUGCAGAACCAGCACCUGUUAAAACUGGCUCUCCCAGUCAGGGUGACAGCCGAGUAAGCUCCCCAUCUUGGGAGGAAGGGACGGCAGCCCUUCAGCCGCCACCAGCAGAGGCACUUCUGUUACCCCAUGGUCCACUCCGGCCUGGUCCUCAUCUCAUCCCUAUGGUGGGCCCUGUCCCCCACCCAGUGGCAGAAGAUCUCACUACCACCUACACCCAGAAGGCCAAGCAAGCCAAACUGCAACGCGCAGAAAGCCUCCAAGAGAAGAGCGUGAAGGAGGCCAAGACCAAAUGCCGGACCAUUGCAUCCUUGCUAACAGCAGCCCCCAACCCUCACUCCAAGGGGGUGCUUAUGUUUAAGAAGCGGCGGCAGAGAGCCAAGAAGUACACCCUAGUGAGUUUCGGGGCUGCCGCUGGGACGGGAACAGAGGAAGAGGACGGCAUCCCCCCAACGAGUGAGUCGGAGCUGGACGAGGAGGCCUUCUCAGACGCCCGAAGCCUUACUAAUCAAUCUGACUGGGACAGCCCUUAUCUAGACAUGGAGCUGGCUAGAGCUGGCUCAGGCACAGCAGAGAGUCAGAACUCUGGACUGGGAGGGCAGCUAAGUGAGGUCUCUGGGCGAGGGGUCCAGCUCUUUGAACAGCAGCGCCAGCGGGUAGCCUCCAGCUCCCAGGAGUUGGCUCCCGUGGGCCUAGCAACCAUGCUUAAUGGGCAGAGUCUGCAGUCCCCACCUCGAGCACAGAGUGCUCCCCCAGAGGCAGCUGUGCUCCCACUCAGCCCUUUGUCGGUCCCUGCAGCCAGCCCUACCCCCUUCUUCCCGGAUGGUGGAGCCCCCAGCCCUGCGCCAAGUAUCUUUAAUAGGUCAGCCAGACCUUUUACCCCAGGUUUACAAGGGCAAAGGUCAGGUACCACUUCAGUGAUUUUCCGGCCCUUAGCCCCUAAGAAGGUGAAUGAAGGCUUGGGGGGCACUAGCCCCAUCCUGCCCCCCUUCGCAGCCCCUCCACAGGGGCCCACCCCUCUACCCAGCUUCACCACAGUGGUGCCCAGCCACACGCCGCCGGUCUCCGGGGCUUCCAGCAGCACCCAACGCUCCUCCGGUCCCGUGACCGCUACCAGCUCCUUGUACAUCCCAGCCCCGAGUCGGCCCGUUACACCAGGAGGCGCCCCAGAGCCUCCCACUCCUCCUAGCGCUGCCGCCAUGACCUCCACCGCUUCCAUCUUCUUGUCCACUCCUCUGAGAAACUCUGCGCGCCCGGAGGCGCCGGUCCCCGCGGCUCCGGAGCCUGCCAGCGCUCGGGAGCAGCGCAUCUCUGUGCCAGCUGCCCGCACCGGCAUCCUGCAGGAGGCUAGGCGCCGGGGCACCCGCAAGCAGAUGUUCCGGCCUGGGAAGGAAGAGACGAAGAACUCGCCCAACCCGGAGCUGCUAUCGCUGGUGCAGAACCUGGAUGAAAAACCUCGGGCCGGCGGUGCCGAAUCUGGCCCGGAGGAGGACGCUUUAAGCCUCGGAGCCGAAGCCUGUAACUUCAUGCAGCCACUAGGGGGCAGGAGUUACAAGACCAUGUCUCAAGUGUCACCGAAAACCCCGCCUCCAAUGGCUCCCAAAACCCCACCCCCUACAACACCUAAGACUCCACCCCCUGUGGCUCCUAAACCAGGGUCUCGAGGGCUUCUUGAUGGGCUAGUGAAUGGAUCCACACCUAUGGUUGGAAUCCCCGAGCCUCCAAGGCUGCAGGGGAGGGGUGGGGAGCUAUUUGCCAAACGGCAGAGCCGUGCCGACAGGUACGUGGUGGAAGCUACACCAGGCUCUAGCUUUAAUCCAGGCCUUCGCCCUAGAAGUCCUUCUCCCACACCCUCACUGCCACCAUCCUGGAAAUACUCACCCAACAUCCGUGCCCCACCUCCUAUUGCUUACAACCCACUUCUCUCACCUUUUUUCCCCCAAGCUGCCCGAACUCUCCCUAAUAAGGCUCAAUCCCAGGGACCUCGGGCGACUCCUAAGCAGGGUAUCAAGGCCCUAGAUUUCAUGCGGCAUCAGCCAUACCAACUUAAAACUGCCAUGUUUUGUUUUGAUGAGGGUCCUUCAACUCCUGACCCCACUUCAGGGCCUCCCAAAACUGCCCGAGUCCAGGAGAUCCGCAGAUUUUCCACUCCGGCACCCCAGCCCACUGCAGAACCCUUGGCUCCCACUGUGCUUGCCCCCAGAGCGGCUACCACAUUGGACGAACCCAUUUGGAGGGCAGAGCUGGCCUCAUCCCCUGUCCCUAACCCAGACCAUCAAGAGUCACUCAGGAGCUUUGCUGCCACUCCCAGUUCCUGUGGUUUCCAAGUAGCCAGGCCCCGGUUCUCAGCCACCAGAACAGGGUUGCAGGCCCAUGUCUGGAGGCCUGGGGCAGGGCACCAGUGAGCAGGCCAUAGGUCCCAGGACCAAGUAAUGGAACUUAGAUUCCCAGAAGUUUCUCGUGCUUUGUCCUACUGGCUUUCUCCCCACAUCUGAGGUUGAUUGCCUCUUGCCAGAGAUAGUGUUUCCCCUCAGCUUCCUCAACCCCCUGCUGGGGCUUUUAAGUCCCUUAUCUCUGCUUUGGAAUUUUCUCUAUAUUUCCUUGCCUGUCUUGAUUCUCCACCCAGAGUCUCAGUGGGUCUCUGUUUUUGUUUUACAUUUGUGUUUCUCUGUGGGCAGCACUUUAGUGUCAGCUAAAAAGCAUACUGUAAAAGUGACCAGUGAGAUCUUAGGCAAAAUGCUCACUCACUAUAAGGCAAGCAACUAAGGAGUUGAAUUGUGUGUGUCCCGAGCCCCUUGGUCCUCCAUACUCUUCACUCUGCUUUCCCUAGGUUAGUUGGCAUAUGCCUAGGGGUGUGUGUGUGUGUGUGUGUGUGUGUGUGUGUGUGUGUGUGUGUGCGCGCGCGCGCGCGCGGGCACGAGUGCUUUCACAAAUGUGUGUGGUUAGGAUCUGCUCUAGAAAGACAUCAAAUACAUAUACAUGUGUGCUUCUCUUGAGGCAAAGGUAAGAGGGGAGGUUUUUUCCUCCUACUGGAAGAGUCAGAUAGCUUCAUAAAGACCUAUGGGGGACAAGAACUACUGCAGAAAGACUCCUGAGAGAGGAGUAUCUGUGGCAUGUAGAGAUAUGUGCACAGCAUCUUGUGAAAUUAAUGAGUGACAAGACUGGGAGGCAGGAACAAUUUUCAUGGGCCUGAGUUAUACAAGCUAGACGUGGAAUAAAACUAAGAAUUCUAUUUCCUUGAAGUUAGCAACCAGGGCCCUGUGCUGAGCACACCAGAAUCCAGAAAGUAGAAAAGAAAAUUUCUUCUGAACCGCUUAAUGAGUGUAAGACAGAAAGGAUGGUGAAGAGAGCCAGAGUGGAUGGAGAGAGCGAGGCAAAAACCAGGAACAAGGCUGGAAUGAGAGAAAGUGACCAAAGGGAGAGGAAAGUUGGCCAACAAGAAACCAACUAUGUGUGUGUGUGUGUGGGGGGGAGGUCUGGGAGAAGUUCUGAGUUCAGGAGAAGAAUGCAUUUGUUAUAGCAAAGGUGUGAGGAUGUUCAGUGGCUGUAUUACCUCCCGUGAAGCUGACCUUCCACCCUUCUGGAGCUUAUCCUGAUGACCAGGGAAACACUGAGCCCAGCCUCCUUUGUGUCCCACCCUACCCGUAGAAGCCCAGCUCUUUGCAGCGUCAGACCCUCAUGUCUGAUCCCAGAAGGGAAGGACUCUCCUUCCGUGAAGACCACCACCAGCCAUGGUUGCUGUUUGACCUGGAAACCAACUUUUUCCUUUGCAAUAUUGGGUGUCACAAUUCUUUGGUUUGUACACAAGAAUAAACGUAUGCCCACAACCGUC